UAUGAAUUGGUUAGAGAAUGUGAUUGAUAUAAAGAUUUUGAUUGCUUUUGGAGUUGGUGUUCUUUCAGCUUCUCUAUGUCUAAUUCCGAUGCUGAGGGAACACAAUCAAGAAAAUGCUUAACAAUCAAAAAUGAAAUUAUCGACUAAAUCAAUUCCAUCUACAUAAGAUCUCAAAUAAGUUUAUAUCAAAGGAAAUGAAAAACAAUAAUGCCAGAAAAAUGAAAUUAAAAAUGAGAGAAAAAAGAAUAAUCAGAAUUCCAUUAAGUUAGAUAAAAAUUAAUAAGAUUUUUUUUUAAACUAAGAUAAAGGAAUCAGAAAAAAAAUAAAAUAACAGAAUAGUGAUGAGGAAUCAUCUUCUCAAAUUAAUUCAUCAUCUUAAAGUUUUAUUGAUAAUGAUGGGUUUUAAAACUAUAUUAAAUCAAAUAACAGUAAAAUAUUUAAAUAUAAAAUAGUAAAAAAUUAGAAUGAAAAUGAUUAACUACCUUCUUCUUCAAGAUUAUAAGAGGGUGAAUAAAUUUAAGUAGAUUCAGAAGAGUAUUAAGAAGAAUUGAAAUAAGAUUCUCUUAUUCCACAAGAAUCAUUGAAAGAAUAAGAUGAAUUUAACAAUUGA